AUGCUCAUUGGAUGGACGCUGGAAGUUCGACGAGGACAUAUGCUAACCGGUGGUUCUACACCUUUCCUUGGUGGCCAACAGACCGAGCGACAUAGCUACGAGAAAUGCCAAUACGAGGAGUUUAAGAAGCGGGUUGCGAAGAUGGACGAAAUCCGGGCGGCCAAGGCUGCGGCGGAGAAAUAG